GAAAGCUUAUCAGUUGAUCAUUGAUGAUAUACGUGUGGCGCAAAUUGCGACUACCAAACUCUUAGAAACGUUUCUCAGUUCUUCUUCGCUAUGGCUUUUGCAUAUUAUACGCUUCUUUCUCACUCUCCCUUGACGACGUUAUCUGUUGUUGCUUCUUCAUCUAAAGCUGAUUCAAAUCCCACCAGAUCAGUGAAGAUAAGAGAAGACUGGAGAAAUCGGUCAAAACCCAUUCCUCCUGGUGGAACAUAUCCAGCCAAGGAUCAGUGCAGUCAAUGCGGGUUGUGUGAUACUUACUACAUAGCUCAUGUAAAGAAUGCUUGUGCUUUCUUAGGAGAUGGCAUGUCUAAGAUUGAAGCCUUGGAACCUGUUGUCCAUGGCCGAGGGAGAAAGGAGGAAUCUUUGGAUGAGAUGUAUCUAGGGGUCUAUGAGAAGCUACUUUAUGCUCGUAAAAUCAAGCCUGUAGAAGGAGCACAAUGGACAGGCAUAGUAACUACAAUUGCCAUUGAAAUGCUAAAAACAGGCAUGGUAGAAGCUGUUAUAUGUGUUCAGAGUGAUCCAGAUGAUAGACUGAAGCCGAGACCUGUUUUGGCAAGGACACCUGAAGAAGUACUAGCAGCUAGAGGUGUUAAGCCAUCAUUAUCUCCUAAUCUAAAUACUCUCGCCUUAGUUGAGGCAGCAGGGGUGAAGCGUCUCCUUUUCUGUGGUGUUGGAUGCCAGGUGCAAGCAUUAAGAUCUGUGGAGCAACACUUAAAUUUGGAUAAGCUAUAUGUAUUGGGCACUAAUUGUGUGGAUAAUGGAACUCGAGAAGGGCUCGACAAGUUUCUUAAGGCAGCAAGCAGUGAACCAGAAACUGUUCUACAUUAUGAGUUUAUGCAAGAUUACAAGGUUCAUUUGAAGCAUUUGGAUGGCCAUAUCGAAGAGGUACCCUAUUUCAGUCUACCAGCAAAUGAUUUAGUUGAUGUUAUUGCUCCAUCUUGCUAUAGCUGCUUUGAUUAUACAAAUGGUUUAGCGGAUUUGGUGGUGGGUUAUAUGGGUGUUCCAAAAUAUGCUGGAAUAAGCAUGACACAACAUCCACAGUAUAUUACCAUCAGAAAUGAACGAGGAAUGGAAAUGCUCAAUCUUGUGAAGGAUCAACUAGAAGUUACUCCGACGAUUAGCAGUGGUGAUCGUCGCCCAUUUGUUAUUGAGACAGUUAAGGCUGAUGACAACGCUAAACUGGGAAGGGGUCCUUCUCAGCCAGCUCCAAAAUUUAUUGGGAAUUUAAUAGCAUUUGUGUUGAAUUUGGUUGGACCUAAGGGUCUCGAAUUUGCCCGUUAUUCACUCGACUACCAUACCAUUCGGAACUUCUUGUAUGUCAACCGCACAUGGGGGAAGCAAAGAGCUGAGAGACAUAUGCCAGCUUAUGCAAAGAAAAUUGUGGACAUGUACAACCAGAAUGGUGAAAUUGAGAAGAUGAUUUCAAAUAAGUGAGAAACCAGACCACAUAUUGAUGAUAAUCAUGCAUGGUUAGAUGAUUAUGGGUUUCUAUUAUGUAAGCAAGAAUAGUAGAUCUAUCUAUUGGUUUAAGCCAUGAAUCACUCAUUUUAUUGUAACCAAGAAUAGAAGAUCUGUCUAUUGGUUUCAGCCAUGAAUCACUCAUUUUAUUGUAAUUAGUAAUAUUUUGGUUAAAUUGAAAGACAUAU